AUGAAUCCAUAUGACGAGAAAAGGCUAAGAGACGAAGUGAUCUACUUACACAAUCUCUGGCACCAAGGUCCCCCUCAGAGCACUAAUCAAACCCCCCAGAAGAGACCCGGACCUUCAACCCAAAACCCCACCAACAGAAGAAAGUUUGCUCAUUCAGGAUCCUACCCACCACCCAAACCCGACCCUGGACUCGAUUGGUCAGCCCUUAUGAAACCCUCAUCACCUCCGUCUCCUGGAUGGCCAGAACCCAAGUCUAAACCUGACCCCACCACCGUCAGGCCUGUUUCAGUUGAAGACCAAGCCAGGUUUGCCUCCAUGCAAAUGCAAAACAAGGUCGUUGAAAGUUGCAAAGAGUUUUUUAAUAAAAGAGAUCAUGAUGAAGAAGACAGUGAUGGUGAUGGUGAUGGUGUUGGUGAUGGUGAUGAAGAAGAAAAUAAUGAGUUUGACUUGUUUUUGACGAAUAUUUUUGUGAAUAACAGUGAGUUGAGGGGUUAUUAUGAGGAGAAUCACGAGAAAGGUGAGUUCUUUUGCUUGGUUUGUGGUGGCAUUGGUGAGAAUUUAGGUAAGAAAUUCAAUGGAUGUGUUGGGCUUGUACAGCAUUGUAUGUCGAUUUCGAAAACAAAGUGUAAGACAGGCCAUAGAGCUUUUGGAUUGGUUGUUUGUAAAGUUCUUGGUUGGGACUGUGAUAGGUUGCCUGUGAUUUUGUUGAAGGGGGAGCCUUUGAGUCGUCGUUUGGCAAAUUCAAGGGAAUCCCAGAACACUUUAAAUGGAGAUGCUUCCAAUAAAAAUGUGGACAAUCUUGAAACCGGAAGUUCAGAUGGCGAAGUCCAGAAAGAAAUGUCUAAAUCUCUGGAUAAGAAGAAUGAUUUGAAUGUAAUUUCGGGUAAUGUGGAGUCUGCGAAUGAUGAUGGUAAUAAAUCAGUUGAAAGAGAGGUUUUUGGUAUUGGCCAGAGAAAUGGUGAAUUGAUGGUCUGUGAGAAUUCUUUAAAGGGGGAUGAUGCCAAUAAAAAUGUUGAAGGCCUCCAGAUUUCAGAUGCUAAACCAAACAAAGCAGUUGAUGAUAUGGGAUCAGACUCGUCUCAGAUCACUACCAGUGAAUGGCCCUGCAUUGAACCUGUUAAUGAGUCCGCUUCAGCAACUCUGGAAUGGCCCAGCUUUACGCCUUGUACUGCUCCUGUCACACACGUGGUUUCUGCUGAAGAACAGGUAAGAAUCAACAUGGUGCAGUUCCAGCAGAAUGUCUUUGAAGCUUGCACACAAUUCUUAUCUACAACAGCUGAAUCAGACAGUGGCGAAGAUGAUAACGAAUUUGAUGAAGAUGAAAAUGAAGAUGAUUUAAUGGAUGAAGAUGGGUCUAAAGACAGUGAGGAGUUCAGUUUCUUUCUGAGGCUUUUCACAGAGAACAAAGGACUCCGCAAUUAUUAUGAGACUCACUAUAGAGAUGGGGAUUUCUUUUGUUUGGUCUGUCGCGGGAUCAAGGAAAAAGCUUGGAGGACUUUUAUAGACUGUGUGGGGCUUAUUCAGCAUUCAACUGCGAUAUCAAAGACAAAAAGGAAACGGGCUCAUAGAGCUUUUGGGCAGGUUAUUUGUAAGGUUCUUAAUUGGGAUAUUGACCAUCUUCCGUCAAUCAUGUUAAAGAGUGAGCCUCAGAUCCAUCCAUUGGAAAACUCGUCACAGAAUUCCUUGAAUGCCGAUGAAAAUGUAGAAAGUCUUGGGAUUUCGGAUGGUGAACCAAAACCAAACAAAGGAGCACUUAAUGAUCUGGGAUUAGACUCGUCUCAGAUCACUACCAGUGAAUGGCCCUGCAUUGAACCUGUUAAUGAGUCCACUUCAACAACUCUGGAAUGGUCCAGCUUUAAGCUUUGUACUGCUCCUGUCACACGCAUGGUUUCUUCUGAAGAACAGAUACGAAUUGACAUGGUGCAGUUCCAACAGAAUGUCUUUGAAGCUUGCACACAAUUCUUAUAUACAACAGCUGAAUCAGACAGUGAUGAAAAUGAUAAUGAAUUUGAUGAAGAUAAAAACGAAGAUGAUUUAAUGGAUGAAGACGGGUCUAAAGAUGGUGAGGAGUUCAGUUUCUUUCUGAGGCUUUUCGCCGAGAACAAUGGACUCCGAAGUUAUUACGAGACUCACUGUAGAGAUGGGGAUUUCUUUUGUUUGGUCUGUCGUGGGAUUGGGAAGAAAGCUUGGAGGACUUUCAAAGACUGUGUGGGACUCAUUCAGCAUUCGACUGCGAUAUCAAAGACAAAAAGGAAACGAGCUCAUAGAGCUUUCGGGCAGGUUAUUUGUAAGGUUCUUAAUUGGGAUAUUGACCAUCUUCCAUCAACCAUAUUAAAGAGCGAGCAUCGAAGCCAUUCAAUGGAGGACUUGUCACAGAAGAAUUCUUCAGAGGAAAAUAACACAACCUAAAGCAGACGAUAAUGAGGAGGAGAAUCCGAGUUUUCAAAAAUCUGGGUGAAGACUAUCACAAUCUGAAGUAGAAGAAAUGUGUUAAAAUCAAUUAACAUUGUAGCUAGCUAGUGCAAGUGUAUGAUGAAUUGUUUCAUUUGAAUGAUUCCCCUUCUCCCUGGAUGAAGGUGUUAACCAUUAUGCAAAAACUUGGAUUAAUUUAUACAUAUUUAAGCAGUCUAUAAAUAUU